CCUAUAGGUACGCAUUCCAUUAAAUUGUGUAAAAAGAGACGAACCGACUGUUUGAUCUAUAAUCUUUAUUACUUUUACAUUGGCUAAACAAAUUCGAUUCCUUCGUCGACGAAAACUGAGGUACACAAAAUGAAAUUGUAUCUGCUGAUUGCCCUCAACGUUGGGUUUAUGGUUGAAGGUGCAAUAGAGACAGCCUACAAGGAUACUCAAGAUCAUUAUUGGAGGGAGUACACCGGCCUAAUUCCUCACGACGCAUUUAUUGCCGGGACAAACAGGCAGGGACUGCCAAUCUACAUUGGCCAGACGUUUUUCAAAGAUGCUGGCUUGUUACCCACGACCAUUGAUCCUAACUCCUCGACAAUAGAGGCGACCGCAUGGGGAAAAGUCUUGACAACUGAUAAAAACGUAAAGAUACUCUGUUCUCAAAAUCCGGGCAAUUACAGCUGGGUACCGACCAAGAUUGAAAAUAUGCACUUAUUGACCCAGUGUAAUCUCGUAGUGGGAGGCACAGAAUCGGAAACGACGCUGUACGUAGGAAGAGUGAUUCACGAGUUGGAAAUGAAAGUUGGGAAGGUUUUUCCUAAUUUUUCCGAUUAUAAAGGAUUAGGAAUUCCUCACAACGGAGGACAAACGAAGUAUAACACUUUCGAGGUUCUUGCUUAUAACUGCCUCCAUUUCAACAAGUGUUUAGUCUGAAUUUGCAGAAAGAUAUUGCUAUCAUUCCAAACUUCAUUAGGUAGAGUACCACGCAUUAGUAAUACUGGUGGUAGCACUAAUGCUUUCCAUAUAAUUUUUAUGGUCUAAUGUAAACAAAAUGUCAGAGUGCCUAUGACAACUUUUAUUCUCAAGUUUAGUAAUAGUUUUAGUGCACAUAAAUAAAAACGUUUCUUUGCGACUAUUAAAUAAUGCACUGAUU